AUACCAAUACUAGCACCCAUUUUAACCGUCAUUACCGAUUUCUCAGUUGAAGUUAUAUCGCCGGUUAGUCAGAAGAGAUAACAAAGUUUUGAUAGUACACCCACCCUAAAUGGGUUCCCGGAACGGCUUCAGUGCAUGUCAUACCAUGAACAUGAACACCCCGCAGGUGGUAAUAACCGCCGAAACCUUUGAGCCGGUCAGCCAACCAAUCACCCUCACACCCGGCACUGUGGUCGCGACCCAGCAACCUAUUUAUAAUCUCAAUCAGAUUGGGACAGGAGAUAGCUCGCUGAAAGUUGGCUGGAAGCCGAUGCAAGUUCGAUGUCCCUCCUGCCAAGGUGAGGUGCAGACCAGCCUGAUUACCUCCUCCACAACGACCACCCAUCUAUGCGCCUUGAUCCUGUACAUUUGCUGCCUCUGGCCUUGCGUCGUCUUGCCCUACUGCUUCAACUACUGCAAGAACGUCCGGCAUUUCUGCCCCAACUGUGGAAACCACAUAGGAACCUAUUCGAUAUAAUGAUUAGUAUUUUUAAAUGUAUCAUUACCAGAAACCGUUAAUAUAUGUAGACCAUACUUUCAAACCAAA